AAAAUCUCUUCUUUCUCGGGUGACAACCCUUGCUCACGCUCUUACACUGCUUCUCUCACUCGUCUCUCUCUUGCGCGCGCGACGCUGUCUAACCCAAGUGGUUCAUACCAGUAGUUGAAGCAAAGAUGAGGAUCAUGAUAAAGGGCGGUGUUUGGAAAAACACCGAAGAUGAAAUCCUGAAAGCGGCUGUUAUGAAAUAUGGUAAGAACCAGUGGGCUCGAAUCUCUUCGCUUCUUGUUCGCAAAUCUGCCAAGCAAUGCAAAGCUCGCUGGUACGAGUGGCUUGAUCCCUCCAUAAAGAAGACUGAGUGGACUAGAGAAGAGGAUGAGAAAUUACUUCAUCUUGCUAAGCUCAUGCCCACUCAGUGGAGAACAAUUGCUCCAAUUGUAGGUCGUACACCUUCCCAGUGUCUUGAGCGGUAUGAGAAGCUCCUUGAUGCAGCCUGUGUAAAAGAUGAGAACUAUGAGCCUGGUGAUGAUCCUCGAAAAUUGCGUCCUGGUGAGAUUGAUCCAAACCCCGAGUCAAAACCUGCACGACCUGAUCCUGUUGAUAUGGAUGAAGAUGAAAAGGAGAUGCUUUCUGAAGCACGUGCCCGGUUGGCCAACACAAAGGGAAAGAAAGCAAAAAGGAAAGCUAGGGAGAAACAGCUUGAGGAAGCGAGGAGGCUUGCUUCCCUACAAAAGAAGAGGGAAUUGAAGGCGGCUGGAAUUGAUAUCAGGCAGCGGAAGAGAAAAAGGAAAGGAAUAGACUACAAUGCAGAAAUUCCAUUUGAGAAAAGACCUCCUCCAGGGUUUUUUGAUGUUGCAGAUGAAGAUAGACCAGUGGAACAGCCUAAGUUCCCUACUACAAUUGAAGAACUUGAAGGGAAAAGGAGGGUUGAUAUUGAGGCACAAUUAAGGAAGCAGGACAUUGCAAAAAAUAAAAUUGCACAAAGGCAAGAUGCCCCAUCUGCCAUAUUACAUGCCAACAAAUUGAAUGAUCCAGAAACAGUAAGAAAGAGGUCAAAAUUGAUGCUUCCACCACCCCAGAUAUCUGAUCAGGAAUUGGAUGAAAUUGCUAAGUUGGGUUAUGCUAGUGACCUUGCAGGGAGUCAGGAACUUGCUGAAGGUAGUGGUGCUACGCGUGCUCUUCUGGCUAAUUAUGCACAGACACCUGGUCAAGGAGUGACUCCUUUGCGAACCCCUCAGAGAACACCAUCUGGUAAAGGAGAUGCUAUUAUGAUGGAAGCUGAAAAUCUUGCCAGGUUGAGGGAGUCUCAAACACCAUUGUUGGGAGGAGAGAAUCCAGAAUUGCAUCCUUCAGAUUUUUCUGGUGUCACUCCUAAGAAAAAGGACAUUCAGACUCCUAAUCCAAUGCUGACCCCUUCUUCAACUCCUGGAGGUGCAGGCCUCACUCCAAGAAUUGGUAUGACACCUACAAGAGAUGGUUUUUCUUUUAGCAUGACACCAAAGGGAACUCCUUUGAGGGAUGAGCUACGUAUUAAUGAGGACAUGAAUAUGCAUGACAGCACUAAACGUGAGCUGCAGAGGCAGGCUGAUAUGAGAAGAAGUCUGCGUUCUGGUUUAGGAAGCCUUCCACAACCCAAGAAUGAGUACCAAAUAGUGAUGGAACCAGUCUCAGAAGAUGCUGAAGAGCCUGAGGAGAAGAUUGAAGAGGAUAUGUCUGACAGGAUAGCUAGAGAAAAAGCGGAAGAAGAGGCAAGACAGCAGGCAUUACUUAGAAAACGAUCAAAGGUCCUUCAACGGGAACUUCCUAGGCCCCCUGCUGCUUCAUUGGAGCUUAUAAGAAAUUCCUUGAUUAGAACUGAUGGGGACAAGAGUUCCUUUGUUCCACCAACGUCUAUUGAGCAAGCUGAUGAGAUGAUUCGAAAGGAACUUCUAACUUUACUGGAACAUGACAAUGCUAAGUAUCCGCUUGAUGAUAAAGUGAAUAGGGAGAAAAAGAAAGGAGUCAAGCGAUCUGCGGAUGUGUCUGCUGUCCCUGUGAUAGAAGAUUUUGAGGAAGAUGAAAUGAAAGAUGCUGAUAAGUUGAUAAAGGAAGAAGUCCAGUAUCUUUGUGCCGCAAUGGGACAUGAAAAUGAGUCCCUUGAUGAAUUUAUUGAUGCACAUCGAACCUGCCUCAAUGAUCUUAUGUACUUUCCUACCCGUAAUGCAUAUGGUCUCUCCAGUGUUGCUGGGAACAUGGAAAAGCUAGCUGCUUUGCAAAAUGAAUUUGAGAAUGUGAGAAACAAAUUGGACGAUGAUAAGGAGAAGAUGGUGCGGCUUGAGAAGAAGGUGACUGUUAUCACACAAGGCUACGAGAUGAGAGCAAAGAAAAGUAUCUGGCCGCAAAUUGAGGCCACUUUCAAGCAGAUGGAUAUAGCUGCAACCGAGUUAGAAUGCUUUAAAGCUUUACAAAAGCAGGAGCAGUUAGCAGCAUCGCACAGGAUAAACAAUUUGUGGAGUGAAGUACAGAAGCAAAAGGAACUUGAAAAAACUUUGCAAAACAGGUACGGGAGUCUAAUUGAAGAGCUGGAGAAGAUGCAAAAUGUCAUGAACCAAUGCAGAUUAAAAGCAGAGCAGCAAAAAGAAAUUGAAGCAAACAAUGCUCAUGCUGAGGCCAAUGAGACCAAGGUCAAUGAAACUGAUGUACAUGAUACAGGGAGUGUUGUACCUCACUCGGCAGAUGAUGGAAAUGCUCAAGCAAUAACAGUUGAGUCAUCACAUGAUGGAACUGCUGACCAGCAAGUAGAGGUCGUGCAAGACCAGUCGACUUCUAGCCCCAGCCAUGACAUGAAUGUGGAUUCUGAUAAAAUUCAUACAAUACAUGACAGUGAUGUUAAAUUAGCAAAUGCUUCACCAGCUGCCGAGAAUGUUGUUGAAAAAGUGGAAGGUAGUAGCCCUGCUGAUGGUUAUACUGGCAAUGGGGAGAACAUGUCAGAAGUCGGUGCUCCAAUGGAAAUAAAUAGCCCCAAUGAAGAUGUAGUUGCGAAUGCUGUAAACACACGUGAGAGCAGCAUGGAAGAAACCAAUGCUGUUACGGAGGAGACAGAUUAGGCUGGACACUUUGUAGCUGUUCUGAAAGUUAAAAGGGAGAGACAUUAGGGUGGGUAGUUUCUCAGUUCAGAUUCCAGUGGAUGUUUAACGGAAUAGAUUGCAUGGAGAGUGAGUCUUGCUACUUUUUUGGAAGGCUUAUGAAGAUAUCCAUUCCUAGUUGAAGUUUGGAACAUUUUAUGAUUACACAUUAAACUAUGAGCAUUGAGAUAUUUUCUCUCCCUUUUUUUUGUUGUCUUUCAAUAUUUGUCCCCUUUUUAGUGGAUGUCGGCACUUUUUAUAAGAAUGAUAAAGGAUUUUAUAUCAAUGAAUUAGACCUUAGAGCUA